CACACAUGGCCUCCGCUUCCUCUUAGCGGCGUAGUUCCGCGUUUCGGCGCUCGCUGCUCCCAGGUGCCCUUGCCCGCCCGAGUCACGUGUCGGGGGAAGCGGGAAGGCGUAGUUCUCCUUUACUAGCGCCCCCAUCCGCCAUGUUUUCAGGCCGGGUGUGACUUAGUCUUCCCCCGUAAGGAAAUGGCCGGAGAGCUCCAGGGAGCCCAGGCACCGUUCGUUCGGCGGCGCCUGGGCUGACAAGGCAGAGCAGCGGGAAACCUGAGCAGUUCUCCCCAGGGAGAGAGGCCAUGGCGUCUAGCAGUAACUGGCUGUCCGGUGUGAAUGUCGUGCUGGUGAUGGCCUACGGGAGCCUGGUAUUUGUACUGCUGUUUAUUUUUGUGAAGAGACAAAUAAUGCGCUUUGCAAUGAAAUCUAGAAGGGGACCUCAUGUCCCUGUGGGACACAAUGCCCCCAAGGACUUGAAAGAGGAAAUUGAUAUUCGACUGUCCAGGGUUCAGGAUAUCAAGUAUGAACCUCAGCUCCUUGCAGAUGAUGAUGCAAGACUGCUACAGCUGGAAACCCAGGGAAAUCAAAGUUGCUACAACUAUCUGUACAGGAUGAAAGCUCUGGAUGCCAUCCGUGCCUCUGAGAUCCCAUUUCAUGCUGAAGGCCGACAUCCUCGUUCCUUAAUGGGCAAGAAUUUCCGCUCCUACUUGCUAGAUCUGCGAAACACUAGUACUCCUUUCAAGGGUGUUCGCAAGGCUCUCAUUGAUACCCUGCUGGAUGGCUAUGAGACAGCCCGCUAUGGGACAGGGGUCUUUGGCCAGAGUGAGUACCUACGCUACCAGGAGGCCCUGAGUGAGCUGGCCACUGUGGUCAAAGCACGAAUUGGGAGCUCUCAGCGACAGCAUCAGUCAGCAGCCAAAGACCUAACUCAGUCUCCUGAAGUCUCCCCUACAACCAUCCAAGUAACAUAUCUACCCUCCAGUCAGAAGAGCAAGCGUGCCAAGCACUUCCUGGAAUUAAAGAGCUUUAAGGACAACUAUAACACACUGGAAAGUACUCUGUGAUGGAGCAGAAGACUCGCACUGCAGAUUGAGCCAGACAGUUGCCAUUUGCAAGACAGGCUGCUUGCAGGGUGCGUUUGAGCCACCUGGCUCAGCAGCCAAAGCCCCUGUUCCUGAAGGGUCAUUUCCGACCCUUUUCUAGUAGGCAUUUUCAGAACAUUAGUUCAGACUUUAUUUUCCCACAGUAGCACUUUUUUCUGGAUUUGAAUUCAUAUGUCAUUCUUAAUGGGUUUUUGUCAGACCUUCCUUAAAAUGUUUCAUUUACUUUUGGCUAGAGUUCACCCACCUUUUUCCAGGCUGUUUAAUCUCAAAGGUGAGAGUUGAGAUGAGAUAUCUUCCCUGUC